AUGGGCACAGCAACUAGGUCCGCGACCGGGCGGCCUUUCUUCAGAGUGCUAGGCAACACAAAAAUGAAACUGCUUGCAAUCUUCCUGAUUGUUUCCUCUAUUCUCUUGCUCACAUUUUACUCUGGGAAGAUGUCUGAAAUAACCGGAGCUGGGCUGAAAGACAGCAACAUACCAGACGAGAAAGACUAUUGGACAUGGGGAACGAGAACGCAAUUCCGAAACACACCCCUCAAGAAGAACAAUAAAAACCAGCAAAGCGAAACCACAUGCGAUACUUUCCCUUCGAAUGUCUUAUCCCGCGUACAAAUUGUCCUGAAAACCAGUGCCACCGAGAAUGCAAGCCGAGUGAACACACACCUGACCUCCGUCACCCGCUGCAUCUCGAAUCUCCUUGUGGUUUCAGACCUCGAGACCGAAGUCCUAGGCCAUAAAGUGUACGACAUUUUGGCCGACAUCCCCCGCUCCGCCCGCCAGAAUAUCCCCGAGUUUAGUGGAUAUGAUGCGCUACAAAACGGAACCCGAGAUAUCGAUGGCGCAGCGGGAUGGAGGUUAGAUCGAUUCAAGUUCUUGCCCAUGAUUGAACGUGCGAAGAAGGUGAAUCCCACGGCUGAGUGGUAUGUCUUCCUGGAGACAGAUACGUACUUUGUCUGGGAUAACCUGUUCCGCAUGUUGGAACAGUUUGAUCCAUCGGUGCCUCUUUAUAUGGGCUCUCCUGCACCGGGUCGGGGUCUUGAAGAGGGAGGAGUAGUCUGGUUCGCUUAUGGUGGCUCCGGAUUUGUUCUUUCCAGAGCGGCAAUUGAUAAACUGGUGGCUCAGGACGUUGGUCGGUAUGGGCAAUUUGUUGGCCCGUCGAUCAGUGAUCAAUACUUGCAGAUGGUUACCGACGACUGCUGUGGUGACUCUGUUUUGGGAAGCGCAUUGUAUGACAAAGGCAUCAAGUUGUCAGGAUUGUGGCCCAUGUUCAAUGCGCAUCCGUUGGACUCGAUACCUUUCGGCAAUGAACAUCACUGGUGUCAGCCUGUGAUUAGCAUGCACAAAUCACUCCUGGGAGAUAUGGACGGGCUGGCCAAAUGGGAGAAUGGACGCAAUCGAACGGACCCUUUGCUUUACGCCGACUUGAUCAACUAUCACCAGGUGGGAGACCUAUCAGAAAAGAAAGGGUGGGACAAUGGUGAUUGGGGCGGAGUCAUUGAAGUUCCUGAUGAUCUGCCACAGCAUCAGUCACUAGAAGCAUGCCGGCAAGCCUGUCACGAGAAAGACUGGUGUAUGGCAUUCACUUAUGACAAUAAGGGAGCCUGUGUGUUCCAAAGAAGCAUGCGGUUUGGCUCUAGUAAGCCCGACUUCAUCGACCAGUUCACAGCUGGAUGGGACAACGAGAAGAUCAAAAAAUGGCGGGCAUUGAACCAGUGCGAAAGCCCCCAAUGGAUGAAGCCAAGUUUGACGCGCAUUUUCUGA